AUGGCAUCACUCUCGUUCGUCCGACUUCUGACCUUGAGUGCCACUUUGUAUCAUAUUGUCUUCGCUGUACCACAAGCUCCUCUCGAAGCAGCCACGCAGUCAUCCACUUUCUUGCCACCGGCACAACAAGCCAACGCGCCUGUAUCAGGUAAUGGAUGCAAUGAAUGCCAGCUAGUCGCUGAUGUCGCCGGGCUCGUGUGGUACUCGCAAGUAUUUCUCAACACCGCAGCAACGAACGUAGUCCAAGUCGGUGUGAACAACGCUUCUCGAACGACCCGGACGUCAAUCAUUCAAAAUGAAGGAGAAUUCACAUACGCCCCAGGCGGUGACGCGAAUGGAGGGCAAGCGUUGACACAACUCAACUAUGAACCAAGCGUGACGGUGGCGGGAGCAGUUCUAACCUCACCUACGGCUUAUAAUGUAUUCACCGGUUAUACAAUCACCUCUGCUUUCCUUUCCGAUGGUCAAUGCGUGACGACGAGCCAAUCGAGCUCACUAGCAAGUGCAUACUCGGAGAUUCUCUCUUCAGCAAAUGGCAGGGUAAUCUUAGAUGUCAACGGACAGUCGGAUUUCCUCAGUUUCCUCGGCUUUGUCACUUGCUCUGGGGGCGGUGAGAAUAUUCAGCCGACGGCGCUGCUCCAAGUCUCGAACACGACGGCGACGUCAACGACUACCUUUUCGGGUAUCAUGGCAGCUCAGAGUGUGAGCUUGUCCAUUGCGUCGUCAACGCCGGCCUCUGCGUCUGCAAGCGUGACGGCAAACGUAACGUUCCCAUCAGUUGGCGUGCCCAACAUUGUAAUUGGAAACACAACAAUCACACCAAGCGCCAAUCCCAUCGGCUUGCCCGUGUACAACGGCACUACGUUUGCUGGAAGUGGGACUGGCGGACUUCAACCCGUACCGACUGGACCAGUCACGCCUUUCGUAGCAGCAGCCAACACUUUGGGGAGAGCGGACGGGUGGCUUGUGGCCUGGAUCGUGGGCUCGAUCGGAGUUGGCGCGCUCGUGAUCUAUCUGUAG